GGAAGAACUACAAGAAGGAUAGUAAGAAAUGACAGUUAAGGAAAUUAAGAGCCGAAUAUAGGAGGAUGACCAGAAAGAAUGGAGGAAUGGCAUGAACACUAAAAGUAUUUUGAGAUGGCAUAGAAACAAAAGAAAGGUAAGGGAGAGAAGGGUGGUAUCACGGUGACUGGGGAGGCAAAUUAUUGUUUAAAGCAAGAAGUGGAACGCUAGGAAAAGAAACAAUUGAACAUUUCAUUAUAGAGUGUGAUAUGUACAGGCACCAAAGACAAGAGUUCGAUAGUGAAAUUACCAUCAUUAUCACCAUCGAAACACCAACAGAACACGGACAGUCCCUGGGUGGAGAGGCGCCGUUGCAACACAACACAACACGGAGCGCUCACAACACAACAAGCCGGGACACAGCACGAGGGACUGAAUAACACACUCAUAUAUACAUAAUAAUCAACAAGGGCCACCGGAAACUGUAAUAAGGGCCAAUUAGGGAAGAUAAUAAGGAUAAGAGAAUGAGUGCAUUAUGGCGGCCUCCUUUACCUUUCCUGAGGUUAAUUGCAGCAGGGAUUUCCAGAGCGUCCCAGCACCGGGGCUUGGGGACACCAGCUGGGGACACCAUUGUCAUCCCCAAGAGGAUCCAGCGCUCCCCCACUGACAUCCUCCAGGCAUUGGCUGGCACAGUGGGGCAGGACACCACAGGGCCACACUACAAGUACUCAGAUGACCCAUUCCUCAACCCUUACUCCAACCUAACCAAGAGGUCCUAUGCUCUCUCAAAGGAGUCUGGUCGUAAGGCAGCUAGGUGGAUCAGAGAGAAGUAUCCUAGGUUGUUCAGUCACCGUCCGGACGACCCAUUCAUUGAGAGUUUCCAGCCCAAGCAGCAGUACCAGGAGGGGGAGCAGGUGGGGGUGGACACACUGGUGGGGGUGGUGGCCCGGGGGGAGGUGGCCAAUGCCGUCACUGUGUACCAUCUGUGUAAGAACCAGGGUGUAGCUCUCCCAGAUGAACUGUUGCAAGACCUUCUGGAGCUGCUGUGCUUCUACAAUGAGGAGGAGCAGGUGGAUGUGGAGUGGGUGGAGGAGAGGUGGUACAGACAAGCCUCCACCACCACCAGGAAGACAUGGAAGGACAACAGAUUAGCAGAGGAGGUGUUUGCGUCACUCACCACCAGAGGGCCGGCUGCGUACUGUGCCCUCAUCCGCGGCAUGGCACAGUACCUGCAGGUGGACAGGGCAUGGCAGCUUUACCAGGAGUGUCGAGAGAAGGGCAUCCCUCUUGACACAGGGACCCACAAUGCACUCAUACGGGUUGCGUCCUUCCUGCGUGAUGCUUCUGACCUCCGUUGGCAACUGGUGCAGGAGCUGCUGUGUACCAUGGCAGAGAGGGAUGUGCAGCCUGACCUGGGCACCCUCAAUGCCACACUGGAGGCGCUGGCACAGGUGUCAGGCUGGAGGCAGGCACGGGACCUCAGUCUCAAGGUGCUGAUGGAGUUUCACCAGCUGGGCAUCAAACCUUCCCUGGCAACUUAUUACUACCUCCUCCUCAUUCACUGCAGGGACCGUGGACCAAGGAGUGACAUUCUGGUGGGCAUCCUGGACCAGCUGGAGGGACAGUCCUUCACCCUGCAGGACCCCAAGGACACCUCUUUCUUCGUCACCGCCAUGGAGGUCGCCAGGAACCACCUCAAGAGUCUCAAAGUGGCGGAGAGAGUGGACUCGCUGCUUCACCUUGGCGACAACCACCUCUUCAUUGGUGACUCUUACAAGGAGAGUGUGUAUUAUCGUCACUACUUUGCCCUGUCCUGCUCCUCUCUGCCCAUUGAUGAGUUUAUGCAGGUAUAUGACAAGCUGGUGCCACACAUCUACACACCUGAGCCCGGCAUCAUGCAGGAGGUCCUAGAAGCCGUGCAAACUAGCGGGGCCCUGCAUUACCUCCCCCAGCUGUGGUCGGACAUGGUAACAUUUGACCACAGCUCCCGUGACAAGCUGGUGGGGCUGAUGCUGGCGGCCCUGACACACCACCACCCCUCCCCAGACAACCCCCAGCUCACCGAGAGGCUGGUCACCAUCGCCAAGGAUAUAUGGACCAGGGUGCAGGAGCAGGACCCGAAUAGGAGGAAUAGGGUGACCUGGACGGGACAGAUGUUGGGGUGGGUGGUGGAGGUGGUGGUGCGCUGUGGUGAGUACCAGACGGCCACAGAGGUGCUGCAGGAGGCCACCACUACACCGCAAGCUGUGUUGGGCGUCCUGCCGGCACCCUCCCUCACAGCGCUGCUCUCCGCUGCCCUGCACAGGAAGGACACUGACACUGCUGUGGCUGUGGUGCUGUAUGCGCAGGACGCCGGGCACCAGGAGACAGGCCAGAUGGCACAGCAGGUUCACUCCAGCCUGCCCCUGUCAAACCAACACCUGGCCAAACUUGCCUCAGCACUCGGCAGGGAUGUUUACCUGCCACAUGACACCCCGGCCCCUGCCACCUAGAGAGAGAGAGAGUGGAUUUCAAAUUGUCAAGUUAAGUUUGUUUUUAUUUGUUUUAUGUAUUAUUUUAUUUAUUUUAUUUUUUAUUUUUUUGUUUGUGUAAAUAGUUGGUCUUUUGUUCUUAUGUAAGGUUUAUUUAUUGAUUUGUUCAUUAUUAUUUUUUUUGUUGUAUUCAUAUUCUUUUUUUUUUUUUAUAUAUUUGUUGAUUCACCUUUUUGUAUUGAUAAUGUUCCUUGUGUGUUUCCAAGCAAUGUUUUCAUUGAUUUAUUCAUUUUGUCUUUUGAAAUUCAUACUUUUUAUUGAUAUUUUUAUUUCUGGAUUGCCAAUUAAGUUUUAACCUAUUUAUUUUAUCUAUUAUUAUUUUUUUGUUGUAAACUGAAAUUGUCUUUUUUUUCCCUUCUUGCUUUGUCAUCAGUUUUUAUCCUAUUAUUAUUUUCUUUGUUCAUUUUUGCAUCUUCUCUUAUUCUAGUUUACAUCUUUCUUUCUUCAGUUUUUUCUGUAUUCCCUCCCAUCGUGUUUUGAAGUGCACAGCAAACAAACACCAUCUCCACCAAGACUCUUAUCUAAACGAACAAUAUGGCAUCGUACAAUUCAAGUAUAGUCUUGGUACAAAUAUAUAUAUAGUGUGAGCUAAGUACAUUUCACCACAAGACAGGAGGGAAUGCAUUAACCAACCAGCGAAUGAGAGAGAGAGAGAGAGAGAUGGAGAGAGAGCAUCAAUCAGGCAGUGUUACCAUGUUUCUGUGUCCUCACCCAGUCACUGCUACAUCCUUUUACUUGUAUGUUGCAUCACAGAACAUCAUAAUUUUCACAUCCUUACUGUUUGGUUAGUCUCUCAAUGGCUAGAUCUGUUAUUAGCAACCACGUGGCAUUGUAAAUAGAUCAGAGGGCCACACUGUACAUGGAUUAGAGGAAUAAAGCAUUGGUAUUGUACAGAG